AUGGAGACAUAUCACGGCUACGUACGGACACCGUCCGACGCGAUCAAGCUCUUCGAAGCCUGCCGCUUGGGAUUAUUACCUCGCGUGCAGCGACGAUUGUCAGAGAAGGAGAGACAAUCGAUCAGAUCUGGAUCCGUAUUUGUAUGGGACGAGCGGGAAGCGGGCAUGCGGAGAUGGACCGAUGGCAAGUCGUGGAGUGCCAGCAGAGUCUCCGGCAGCUUCCUGACAUAUAGGGAAAUGGAGGGCAAACGUGGUGCCGGCUUCACCAGCAACCGGCGGAGCAACGGCCGCACACCCGAGAGUGGACGCGUUAGCGACGAGGAUCCAGAGGGCGAGCCGGAAGGUUACCGAUACAAGGUGGACGGGCUUAUGAAGCAGUCCUUCAGCAUCACGACUUCCCAGGGCCAGCACCUCCACCUCAUUUCGUACUACUCGAGGCCACACCCCGGUGCACCAGAUUUGCCGCAGCCCAAUACGGAUCCCCAGCUGCGACACAUUAUCCCCGCCAAGGGCAUGUACCCCGAAUCAAGUCUCCAUGACGCCAACCCGCCGGCGUUGACGAGAGGGCCAAUGCAGCACACUCCUGAGAUGGCAAAAGCUCACCAUGUGCAUUACCACCAACGGGGUGCCCCGAUGGCGCCUCGCCCGCUUCUGCAUAUUCCGCCGCCCGGAUCGCAGCUACCACCUCCGCUGUCAGGUGCGCACGGCGGCCAGCCUCCGUUCCACCAGAUGAAGCCGCUCUACCCAUAUGAGCACGAGCGCCACGAGCGCCUUCCGCCACCCUCGACCAUGGCGCACUACCAGCACCUGCCACCGGCUACCGCGCCUCCACCGAGCAUGUCUCCCCGAGCAUACCACUUGCAAUCGCAAGCCGCCCAGGCAGCCAUGGUCGAUCCGAUUGCGCCUAUAGCCACGAGCGCACGCAACCCGCAAGGCCCGCUUCCGGCCAUGUCCGCAGCUGGUCGUGGUUUGACGCCGCCUCGAACACACUCAGCAUCACCGUCCCCGAGGGUCACGUUGCCCGAGCUCAACUAUGGCAACAAGAAAGCCAGCCUUGCCUCGUUACUACACCCAACUCCGGCUAAUUCGGAGCCGGGCAGCGCCCACUCGGCGAGCAUCAACAGUGCAAACAAUUCUCCUCGGGCAAAGGCCACCGGUGCGCCGAGUGGUCUCGCAACUGGCAAUGACAUGUCGAGGGAAGAUGCGAAGGCGCUGCGGUCGCUCGAUCGCAAGUUUCUGCUGAUAUGA